UUUCUCUCUUUCUUUAUUCUUUUUCCUUCUUCCUCUCUUCUUCUUUUCUUUCUUCUCCCUCCAUCUGCUCUAUUUCUCUGUUCUUUCUUCUUGCAGCCGGCUGGUUUCUUGUCCAUGGUGGGGCUAAUUUCUUUGAUUGGUCUAGACUGAGCCAACACAAUAAGCCUAAUCUCAAAAUUCAGCACUGUGCCAGAGCACAUGCUAGCCUAUACGUGGAUCCGCCCUUGAAGCUCAUACGCGUGUAUUAGACUUUUCACUUCCUUCCUCCGUAAGAAUUGAUUUAUUAGACUUUUCACGUCCUCUCCGUGUAUAAAUUUUCUUCCACAUCUGGUUUCUGCACUUAUUUAACUUCCUUGUUAAUAUUUGACUUUCUUCUUGGAGCUUUUGAGCCGAGAAAAUUAGUAAUGGCAGAAGAUAGCCAUGCAAUUGGGAUCGAUCUGGGGACAACAUAUUCGUGUGUGGCAGCGUGGCAGGCUGAUCAUGUAGAAAUCCUGGUGAACGAUCACGGUAACAGGACAACUCGAUCUUAUGUUACCUUCACUGAUAAUAAGAGGUGGGUAGGUGAUGAAGCAUUUAACCAAGUCGGGAGUUUCCCCGCCAACUCAAUCUUCGAUGCAAAGCGGUUAAUUGGUAGGAGCUUUAGUGAUCAAACUGUUCAAAAUGAUAUCAAGUGCUGGCCAUUCAAGGUCAUUGAAGGUCCGGCCGACAAGCCCAUGAUUGUGGUUAACCACAAGGGUGAAGAGAAACAAUUUGCUGCUGAAGACAUCUCAUCUAUGGUUUUGGCAAAGAUGCGGGAGACUGCCGAGUCCUACCUUUGCUCAAAGAUUUCUGAAAGAAAUGCAGUUAUCACUGUCCCCUCUUACUUCAACGACUCACAGCGUCAGGCUACCUUAGAGGCUGGCAAACUAGCCGGCUUAAAGGUGUUGCGUAUCAUCAACGAACCAACUGCUGCAGCCAUCGCUUAUGGCAUCGACAAGAAAGCCGGUUGGUUUAGUAAGAGAAAUGUGAUGAUAUUUGAUUGGGGCGGCGGUACUUUGGAUGUGUCACUACUUAACAUUGGCCACAGUGUCUUUGACGUGAAGGCCACUGCCGGAGACACUCACCUUGGCGGUGAAGACUUGGAUAACAGAAUGGUGAAUUACUGCGUCGAAGAAUUCAGGACAAAACAGAACGUGGACAUUGGUGGAGACGCCAAAGCUCUUCGGAAGGCCAAAACUGCGUGUGAGAAAGCAAAGAAGGCACUUUCGUUUUCCUUUGAUACUGAUAUUGAAAUUGACUCUUGGUAUAAGGGUGAAGAUUUUCAUACAACUUUCACCCGGGACAAAUUCGAAGAACUGAACAUGGAUAUCUUCAACAAGUGCAUGGAGCCUGUUAACAAGUGUUUGGAGGAUGCCGAAAUGGACAUAAGCGAGGUCGAUGACGUUGUUCUUGUUGGUGGGUCUUCUAGAAUCCCCAAGGUUCAAGAGCUAUUGCAGGAGGUUUUCAAGGGUAAGGAGUUGUGCAAGAGCAUCAAUCCCGAUGAGGCCGUAGCGUAUGGAGCUGCUGUUCAGGCUGCAGCCUUGAGUGGGAACGUAACGGGGAAGCUUCAAGACUUCACUCUCUUAGAUGUCACCCCUCUAUCUCUUGGGAUUGAGAGUAAGGAAAGUGAUAGUUCCAGGUUAUACAUGAAUGUUGUGAUCCCAAGAAACACAAGAAUUCCGGUGAGGAAGACAACAAGUGUAACUACUGUUUAUGACUACCAAGAGUCUGUUAACUUCCCCAUUUAUGAGGGUGAAAGUAGCGUAGCCAAAAAUAAUAACUUUUUGGGUGAAUUUACCCUCCAUGGCAUUCCUCCGGCUCCUAGGCAUGUUCCAAAGUUCAAUGUUUACUUUGAUAUGGAUGCAAAUGGAGUUUUGAGUGUUUCGGCUGAGGAUAUGUCCACUGGCCAGAAGAAAGGGAUCACAAUCAACCGUGGAAGAACAAAGUAACUCCCAAGGGAAUAUUGAGGAUUAAGAAUCAUAGCAUCUACGAUGAAGUUAUAAUUUUCUUUGAUUUCAUGUUUAAGUACAAUAUCUUUAAGGGAAGUGGGGGAGUAUGCUUGUAAAAGACUUGCCUGAUUUGUAUAAGUGAAAACAUAUUUCUCCUCGCAAACAUUCAAGAGAGCUUCAGUUUU